AUGCAGGCGCCCAUAAUGCAUCCCUCUGCAAGCUCCAGUAAUCACGUCCAACUCAUUGAAUACCGUGGCGCCCAAGUGGCCGCCUUCAACGUCGAAGGCAGAGGCGCUCUGAUCUGCCUUCCGCAGGCCUUUGAACUCUUCCUCAAACACUUCGUUGGCGGCCUGCACACAGUCUACACGAAGUUAAAACGACUCGAGAUCCAGCCGGUUGUCUGCAAUGUGGAACAGGUGCGUAUCCUCCGUGGACUUGGAGCCAUCCAACCUGGCGUAAAUCGCUGCAAACUCAUCGCUCCAAGGGAAUUCGACAUACUCUAUGCGGACUGCACAACUUCUAGGUAA